AUGGCCCGUCCAGAUGUCGGCCAAGUGGUCUCGUGGUACAUUGUCACCAUCGUUGCCUGCUUUUUCCUGGCGUGUCGACUCUGGGUACGAUGGCGGUUACUGAAGCGAUGGUAUCUCGAUGAUCUGUUCGUCACGGUCGCUACGCUGUGUCUGAUCGGGGAUCUGGUCAUCCAGCAUUACAUGUUCAAUCUGGGCAUGUCGGAUGCGGCCAACAUGAACGCUCAAGAGAUGAUCAACAUGAUGAAGAUGAUCAUCCCCGGAUCCACCCUCUAUGUGACCACCCUCUGGCUCAUCAAGGCUAGUUUGGUGAUCUUCUACAAGCGGCUGGCCGAUCGCACCCGGUACCAGACCGUGUAUAACAUCACCUUGGGGUUCUUGGCGGCGACGUGGCUAGUCCUGUUCUUCGAUAUCGUCUUUAAAUGCUACCCUCCGUCUCGCCAAUGGAAGAGUGUGAUCGACGCUGAGUUGGCCUGUCCGGAUAAGCCAUCGACGAUCAACUACUGGCUGACCAUUCUUUUCAACAUCUUCACUGAUGUCUUCAUCAUCUGUCUUCCCAUCUCCCAGGUGGCCCGACUGAAGAUGCCCCAGAAGCAGAAAUGGGGGGUUAUCUCUGUCUUCCUGCUCGGUGUCUUGGUCGUCAUCUCCAGUAUCAUCCGAGCCAUCUACUCCCACCUCAACGAACAAAUGAUCAUCUGCACCGUCUCCAUGAUUGAAGCCUCCAUCGCCAUCAUCGCCUCCUGCCUACCCGUCCUCCGCACCCUCGUGUUUGGCUCCCACUCGCGCACGGGCACCUACAGUGGCCGGCGCGGCUACGAGCUCUCCAACUCGGGCUACAAUACCACCGGCCCUACCAGUAAGCAGCGCACCACCGUCUCCGUUACCCAGACCGUCCACACUCCGGACGAUCUCUCGCGGCAUGAUUCCGAGGACGGGCUCGUCAAGGACACCGCUCUGGGUCAUGGCCAUGCCGUCUUGUCGCUGGAAUCGGGCGCCGGGAUUGCCGUCACGCGCGAGUAUUAUGUGCAUGAGGGGGAGGCUGAUGGGAGUAGCUUUCGCUAG